AUGUCCCAGCGCAUCGCCAUCAUCGGCGCAGGCAUCUGCGGCCUCGUCUCGCUCAAAGAGGUGCUUGCCGCGGGUCUCGAGGCCGUCUGUUUCGACGCCCGCGAGGGCCUCGGCGGCGCCUGGGCGUACCAGCCGGUCCCCGGCGAAGACCCGGCCGCGUCAUCGUCGAUCUACCUCGGGACGAUGCUCAACUCGUGCCGCGACACGUCGGCCUUUUCCGACUUCCCCUUUGACCCGGCGCGCUACCCGGACUACUUUGGCCACCGGCAGUUUGUGCAGUACUUGCGGGAGUACGCCGCGCACUUUGGCCUGGACAAGCACGUGCGGCUGCAGACCAAGGUGACCCAGUGCGCGCCGCAGGACGACGGCUCGUGGACGGUGACGGCGACCCAGCGCGACGGGACGCAGACCACCGAGCCGUACGCGGCCGUCAUUGUCGCCGCCGGCCAUCUGAGCGCGCCGCGCACGCCCGCGAUCCCGGGCCGCGACCUGUUUGCCGGCGAGGCGCUGCACAGCCACGCGUACCGCGCGCCCAGCCGCUUCGAGGGCAAGCGCGUCGCGGUCGUCGGCUUCGGCAGCUCGGCGGUGGACAUUGCCUGCGAGAUUGCGCCGCACGCGGCGUCGCUGCACCUGGUGACGCGGCGCGGCGGCUGGGUGCUGCCGCGGUACGUGCUGGGCAAGCCCACGGAGGCCUUUGACAACCGCGCGACGCAGCUGUGGCUGCCCGUGGGCCUGAGCCAGUGGCUGCAGACGAAGCUGCUCGCGUUUGUCGACGGCACGGCGCCCGCGGCCAUGGCGCCCGCGCACAAGAUCCUCGAGCAGAACCCGACGAUCCGCGGCGACUUUCUCGAAAAGGUCCGGACGGGGCUGGUCCAGAUUGCGCGCGGCGACGUCGUGCGCAUGACUGCGGCCGGUCUCGUCGUCCAGUCGACGCUGCCCAAGGACAACAAGGCCAAGACGGACGCCGCCGACGAGUACGCCCUCGACGUCGACGUCGUCAUCUUUGCCACCGGCUACACCCUGUUUGACCUGCCCUACCUGCCGCCCAACACGGCCCACCCCGCCGGCGACCCGGACCAGGUCGACUUGUACAAGCUCAUCCUCCCGCUGCACCAGCGCAACCUCUUUUUCCACGGCUACACCGACCUCCUGGGCCCCCUGCCGCCCGCCGCCGAGGCCCAGGCCCGCUACACGGCCGCCCUGCUCGCGGGCCGCCUCCCGCCGCCCUCGACCGACGAAAAGGCCCGCGGCAUCCAGGCCUUCCGCGCCUACAACCGCCGCCACUUUGUCCACUCCGACCGCCACGUCGCCACCGCCCACCUGAUCCCCUACGUCGACGACCUGCUGGCCCCGCUCGGCGCCGCCCCGACCUUCUCCAAGCUGCUGGCCCAGGUGUUUACCAGCGGCCAUCCGCUGCGCGCGCUGUCGGUCCUCAGCGCCGUGUGGUUCAGCAUCCCCAGCAGCGCCGCCUGGCGCCUGGUCGGCCACGGCGCCAAGCCGGACCUGGCGGCGGCCACGGUGCUGCGGACGGCCGGCGAGAAGCCGGCGCUGAGCGAGAAGGAGGUGGUCUUGCUGGCGAAGGAGAGGGUGGAGCAGGCCUGA